UCCCACGCCGGCGCGUCCCGGCAGAUGGCGGCGUCCAAGACAGAGGGUGCGGCGCCUGGGGUAGGCUUCCCGCGGCGCAUGGCCCGCAGGAAACGCGGAGCCGGACGCGGGCCCCGCCGCGGGCCUGGGGGCGGCGGGGAUGGGGCCCUGAAGCGGCUAAAACUGGCUGUGGAGGAGUUCGUGCAGGCGACCUCGAAGGGCGAGACCCCCGGCGGCUGCGAGGGGCCCGCGGUGCAGGGUCGCAGGCGCCCGGGCGGGAGGAAAAGCCGCAGGGAACUGAGGAAGGAAAAGCGGCACCUGAGGAAGGCGCGCCGGCUCCAGCGGACUGCAGGCCCCAGGCAGGGCCCGGGCUCGGGCGGCGGAGCCGGGGGAAAGAGCGGGCCGUGGGCAGAGGCGGAGCAGGGGAAGGGCGGCCGGCCGGCCCCGCGGGCUUCAGAGGGGCUGCCUCCUCCACAGGCCCAGGCCUCCUCGGUCCGGGCCCCGGCGCCCCCUGCCCCGGCCCGGCGGCCCCCUGGGAGGACCACGGCCCCCGCAGCCGCCGCCGCCGCUGCUGCGCGGAAACGGGCACUUCUGGCGGCCAACGAAGAGGAAGACCGGGAGAUCCGAAAGCUGGAGCGGUGCCUCGGCCUGAACAAGCGCAGAAAGAAGGGCGACGGGAGCUCCGUGCCGCUCAGCUUUGCGCGCGACGGGCUCGACUACAUUCUGGGAGCUCUGGCGUCUGGGAGAAACAGUGGCUUAUAUGAAAGCAGCGAGGAGGAGGAAGAGGAUGCGGGACAGACGGCCCCCGAAAGUGAUGUAGAGAGUGACCCAGAGGACGACCGGGAGGGGGAGGACGUGGGAGGGGAGAGCGAGGGCGAGUUGGGAGCGCAGAGCGAGGACGAGGAGGGAGAGGAGGGGGACAUGGAGGGGGGUGAAGACGACCAAGAAGAGGAAGAGCGAAAAGCCGGAGGAGCCGAAGGGAGAGCGGAGGAGAAAGGGAGGAAAAAGAGAGUCCGUUUUGCUGAAGAUGGAGAGAGGAGUGAAAAUGCGUCAAAGGACGUUAGCACAACCGACCAGCAGAGUCUUUGUGAAAAUGGUGGAAAGUACAUCCCGCCUCACGUGAGGCGAGCAGAGGAGACGGUGGAUGCUCAGAGAAAGGAAGUCCUGGAAAGGCUAAAGAAACAGGUCAAAGGUCUGAUGAACAGGUUGAGCGAGCCGAACGUGGCCUCCAUAAGCGGCCAGCUGGAGGAGCUGUACAUGGCGCACAGCCGGAAGGACAUGAGCGACACAGUGACGGAUGUCCUCCUGAGCGCCUGCGCCCCCGCCGAGGCCAUGCCCAGCAGGCUGCUGAUGGAGCACGUGCUCCUGGUCAGCAUCCUGCACCGCACGGUCGGGAUCGAGGUCGGCGCCCACUUUCUGGAGGCCGUGGUGAGGCGCUUUGACGACGUCUACAGGAGCGGCCGUGAGGGGAAGGAGUGCGACAACCUGCUCACCAUCAUCGCCCACUUGUACAACUUCCACGUGGUGCAGGCGUGCCUCAUCUUUGACGUUUUGAGGAAGCUCGUUGGAACGUUCACCGAAAAAGACAUCGAACUGAUCCUGCUGAUGCUGAGAAACGUGGGCUUCUCGCUGAGAAAAGACGAUGCUCUGUCCCUUAAGGAGCUGAUCACGGAGACCCAGGCCAGAGCCAGCGAGGCCGGCGGCCGGUUCCGGGACCAGACCAGGGUCCGGUUCAUGCUGGAGACCCUGCUGGCCCUGAAGAACAACGACGUGCGGAAGAUCCCGGGCUACGACCCCGAGCCGGUGGAGAGGCUGCGCAAGCUGCAGAGAGCCCUGGUGCGCGGCGCUGGCUCAGGGACAGAAACCCAGCUGCGAGUGUCCUGGGACAGCGUCCUGAACGCCGAGCGGACCGGGCGCUGGUGGAUCGUGGGGUCUGCGUGGAGCGGUGCCCCAAUGAUCGAUGGGGGUCAGCAGAAGACCCCGCCGAAGCCGCUCACGGGGACGGUCAGCGCGAAAAUACUAGAACUUGCCCGAAAGCAGAGAAUGAACACCGACAUCCGGAGAAACAUAUUCUGCACCAUCAUGACGAGUGAAGAUUUCCUGGACGCCUUUGAGAAGCUUCUGAAGCUUGGACUUAAGGAUCAGCAGGAGAGAGAAAUCGUGCACGUGCUCGUGGACUGCUGCCUUCAGGAGAAGGCCUACAACCCUUUCUACGCCUUCCUGGCCGGCAAGCUCUGUGACCACGAGAGGAGGUUUCAGAUGACUUUCCAAUUCAGCAUAUGGGACAAAUUUCGAGACCUAGAAAAUUUGCCAGCCACCAAUUUCUCUAAUUUGGUUCAUCUGGUGGCCCAUUUGUUGAAGACAAAAUCGCUGCCACUUUCCAUCUUAAAGGUCGUCGAAUUCAGUGAACUGGACAAACCCAGAGUCCACUUUUUACGAAAAGUGUUGCAUAUCCUGCUAAUGGAAACGGAAGUGGAAGACCUUGGUUUAAUCUUUGCGAGGGUCUCCGACAAGCCUGCCCUAGGCCUGCUGCGGGAGGGCCUGAAGCUGUUCAUCAGCCACUUCCUGCUGAAGGGCAGCCAGGCCCCCGGGAGCGCCGAGGAGGCCAGCGCGCUGCGGGAGAGAGCCGGGCUCUGCACGAGGGCUCUGCAGGGUGGGGCUACCCUGCGGAUGUAGCUGGGCCCCGGGGACCCGGGAGGACGGGGCCUGCCUGAGCGCUGUGCGUACAGCUCGGGGGAGCUAUGGCCCAGUCUCUCGGACUGAAAACAGCACAUUCAGGUCCACGGUCAUACUGGAUUUGUGUUUUGAUCUGAUCUCUAGGAGGGGGCCGGGGGAGGGUGGCAGGCCCUGGGCCGCCUUCUUAAGUUGAUGAGACUGGGCUGGGGGUGUGCCCGUGUCUUUAUGUUAUUUAUAGACCAACUAGGCCUCUAGAGGGUGCCGUUAUAAAGAACCGGGUGUGUAUUUA